AGGCGGAAGUGUGUCGGCCAAGAUGGCAGCGUCCUUGACAGGCAUGUUUCCACAGCAGCGGUGUGUCCAGCCGGCUGAGCAGCUGGAGAUGUGAGGGGCUGAGCUGCUGACAGCCACACAGGAACAUGGAGACACGAGGGUUCGUCGCCUCUCUGCUGGCUGGAGGCUGUGCGGGGAUGUGUGUGGAUCUGACCCUCUUCCCCCUGGACACCAUUAAGACCAGACUGCAGAGUCAGCAAGGUUUCUAUAAGGCAGGGGGCUUCAGGGGCAUCUACGCAGGGGUCCCAUCUGCUGCUGUUGGCUCCUUCCCCAAUGCUGCUGCUUUCUUUGUCACCUACGAAGGCACAAAGUCCCUGCUCGGUGCUGGCGGAGCACGAGCAGCGCCACACGUGGCACCUGUCACUCACAUGCUGGCCGCCUCCCUUGGUGAAGUAGUGGCGUGUCUUAUCCGGGUUCCCACAGAGGUGAUCAAACAAAGGGCCCAGGCUUCUCCCUCAUCCACCACCUACCACAUACUGCAGGGGACACUCAGAGGAGAGGGUGUCCGAGGCUUGUACAGAGGAUUUGGGAGCACAGUUCUCAGAGAGAUCCCGUUCUCACUGGUGCAGUUUCCACUUUGGGAAUAUUUAAAGACUCUGUGGUCGCGGAGGCAAGGUCACACACUCUACUCUUGGCAGGCUGCAGUGUGCGGAGCUUUUGCAGGGGCGAUAGCGGCAUUUGUUACCACUCCACUUGACGUGGCGAAGACCAGGAUAAUGCUUGCAAAGGCUGGGUCGACAACAGCGAGCGGUAACAUCCCGACGGUGCUCUACGACGUGUGGAAGAGCCGAGGCCUCCCAGGUCUGUUUGCAGGCACCAUGCCGAGGAUGACCUUCAUCAGCGUGGGCGGGUUCAUCUUCCUGGGAGCCUAUGAGAAGAUCCGCAGCACUUUGCUGUAGCGGCGCGUCCUCUCUGACCGUCGGUCCAGAGUUCUGAACUGAUGUUGGAGCGUCGGGUGAAACCAUCGCAAGAAGUAGCACCCUGGUCUCCUGGAGGGGCCCGUCCCCCCCCCCACUGUGCCUCCAUGAAGCUGGCCCCCCCUCCACCUGAGAAGCAAGGAACACCCGGUGCUCGGAGCAAGAGUCGGCCACGAGCGCGAUCGCGUUACCCAGCAUUCCUGCUCCUCAGUGCCCUGCAGAUUGAGCCUGACAGCUUCAGUCCUUCUUGUUUAACAGCAGCAGUGGUUCAGUGAAACGAAGCCACACCCUGAGCACUGAGCGAUCUCUACUGUUUAAUGAGUGUGUGAAUGAAUGAGUUAUGUUUCUAAAGAUCCGGUGUUUCCUUCAGUUCCCUGUGGGCGGCUCACUGUACUUUCUAUGUUGUUUCAUGAUUAUUUUAGUGUUUUAUCUAUAAUUUCUCUUCUCCAUGAAGACAAACCUGUUAAAUACACACCGGGGAGAGACAGUGAUAUCUCAUCAUUGCUACAUUCCCACUGGAGCACGACUGAGCUCAUGCAUCUGCAGCAGCUUUCAGUUUAUACUGAAGAUGCCUCCAACAAUAGACCACUUUGUUAAAUUAACAAGGCUCUGGUUUUAUUAGGAGUCUCAGGUGUCCUACGUCAGCCUGAGAUAUAUUUAUCUUGUUUAUUGCGAAAUAUUAUCAGGCGACUGGAAAGAAUUGUGUGCUUGUUUGUUUUUAUGAUACUUUUUAUUUCUCUAGCUCAUUUCCUUGAAGGCUCUAUUAAUUCCUUCCUUCUAAUCAAAAUAUCUUCACAGUAAAUAGUAAAAAGAUAAAAAUGAUCAUCGCAACACCCAUUUAGUUAAUAAUUAUAAAAUUCAAGUGCUAGAAGUAGAUUUUAUUCUAUAGACUGUAUAAAAUUGGACGUAGAGUCUGGGUCAGCAGAAGAUUCAGGGGUAAACUGGUGUUGCAGCCAAAUCCAUUUCAAUUCAAGUAAAUGGUGACGGAUAUAAAACAACUUACCACCCCCCCUUUAAAUGAAAGGUUGGCACUAAAAACCUGCUGCUAUGAGGCAGAGGAAAAGAUUAGUUUCAGUCAAUUACAUCACUAUUUCAUAUACAGAGUACUUGUCUGAUUUGGAUCCAGGUUUGGCAGAUUUAAUAAAAUAAAUUCUUGUGUAAGUAAAAUAAAUUACAUCCACUCCACUUUA